GCUCUGAUAACCAGCUGAUAAAGGUCGGAUGCUCUGAUUGGCUGAAGUCCAGUUGGCUCAGAGGAUAAAAGAGCAGCUCAGCUCCUCAUGUCCAUCAUCCUCAUCAUCACCAUGGCCUUCCUCUGGUUCGUCUCCUGCCUCGCCUUCGUCAGCGCCGCCUACGGCUGUGGCGUCCCUGCCGUCACCCCUGAGGUGUCCGGCUACGCCCGCAUCGUCAAUGGUGAGGAGGCGGUUCCUCACUCGUGGCCCUGGCAGGUGUCUCUGCAGCAAUCCAACGGCUUCCACUUCUGUGGAGGAUCUCUCAUCAACGAGAACUGGGUGGUGACAGCUGCUCACUGCAACGUCAGGACCUACCACCGUGUGGUUGUUGGAGAGCAUGACAAGGGUUACGGUUCUAACGAGGAUGUCCAGAUUCUGAAACCCGCCAAGGUGUUCACCCACCCCAGUUGGAACCCCAGAACCAUCAACAACGACAUCUCCCUCAUCAAGCUGGCCACCCCUGCCCGUUUCACCACCAACGUGUCCCCCGUCUGCCUCGCCGAGUCCUCUGAUGACUUCGCCGCUGGCAUGACCUGCGUCACAUCUGGCUGGGGUCUGACCCGCUACAACGCUCCCAGUACUCCCAACAAGCUGCAGCAGGCCGCCCUGCCUCUGCUGUCCAACGACCAGUGUAAGAGACACUGGGGCAACAAGAUCUCCAGCCUCAUGAUCUGUGCCGGUGCAGCUGGAGCCUCUUCCUGCAUGGGCGACUCCGGUGGUCCCCUGGUCUGUCAGAAGGACAACGCUUGGACUCUGGUCGGUAUCGUGUCCUGGGGAAGCAGCCGUUGCUCCACCUCCACCCCUGGUGUCUACGCCCGUGUCACCGAGCUCCGUGGAUGGGUCGACCAGAUCCUGGCCGCCAACUAAACGCCCAGAGGCUGAAGCCAUGGGAACCCACAACCUCUGACCUCUGACCUCAACCCCUGAACCCUGAGCCACUUCUGAACAUGUUGAAGAUGAAUGACAAUAAAAACUUUUAAAAUCA